GAAGCACCAUCUUAGGGCAAUGUCUAGCAUGAUUCACGAACUCAAAGCUGCUGGGAACAAUCUAAUUGAUGAGCAGCAGGUCCAAGUUGUGAUUUGCUCACUCCUUACUUUGUGGGAAAUAUGAGUAAGAACUUGACACAUAAUGAGAACCUUAAAACUUUUGAUGAUGUAGGGCGUCAUUUACAAUUCGAAGCUAAGUGCCUAAAGGCGGCUAAGCCGAAUAGUUCUGCAAAUAUGGUUGAGUCAAAUUCGCGCCAGGCAUCCAGGCCUAAGCGCAAGUGUUUUGAGAUCUCUAACAAACACGGAGGGGCUACUAGCCUAGCGCCCAAGAAGACUAAGAUCAUGAAGUGCAAGAGAGGAAAGCGCGAUGGUCAAAAGAGCAAGGCUAAGUUGGUUUGCUAUAAUUGCAACAAGGAAGGCCACUUUGCUUGUGAUUGCACUGAGUUGAAGAAGACUCUGCAGCAGCAGAACAUAUAGCGCAAGAUCGGGUCAGAUAUGUGGAGUACCGUCAGAUACCAACUGGGAGUUGAGACAUUAAAGUGGGGAAUGGAGCUAGCGUGGAGGUACUAGGCAUUGGUACCUACAAGCUGGAUUUGCGGGAUGGUCGCACUUUGAUCCUCCAUGAUGUUUUGUUCGCUCCAUAUAUUCGUCAAAACCUUAUGUCAUUAGUUACCUUGCUUAGAAUGGGUUUCAAGUUUGUCUUUGAAAUUAAUGAUGUCUCAAUUUAUUUGAGCACAUGUUUUUAUGCUCGUGGUUUUGUUUCAGA